AAUCGUGAAUCGCGAGAGUACGAGAAUGGUGAAACCGUCGAAACCGCGACUUAUGGCCCGUGUGUUGGACGCAGUGGUGAAUCUCGGCGACAGCAGAGGUUCAUCAGCUCGCGAGGUCCUCGCUUUUAUCCGACAAAGCAACGCGUCGUUGAAGAAUCUAACGCUACAGGUGCGCCGAGCGUUAAAGCACGCGGUGAACGCCGGACUCAUGAGGCACAGGAGUGGACGUUACAAGGUACUGGUCACUCUGAACCCCGCUCCUAUCCCCGUUAUAUCGGCAAAAGUGCUGGCUAACAAUGAUGAAAAGAGUCAUGAUGAAACGUCGAAGUCCAAUGUACGAGCACCGGUCGACGAUCCAAAGUCUUCUCGUCGAACACAGAAGCGCAAUAAAGAUUACUUGCAAGAAUUGCAGCGACGACGGCGAAAGCGUUCUCGCGAGGACGAGGAGUUCGAGGACCAGUCGACCGGACGGUACGUCUUGUACGGUAGGGACGAGAAGCGUUCAAGAGUGUCCAAGCGAGAGUUCAAGUCCUCCGAUUUCUCCGACGGGAGUGAUUGCGAAAGUGACGUGAACCGGCAGCGCGUUUCUCGAGUGAGCACAUCGUCACGUUGGGAAGCCAAACGCGGGAAAGAAACGCGCGUGAGAUCGAGCGACAAAUCGACGUCGCGAGUUCGUAGCGCGCAACGGGUGCAAGCGCGGCAACAUCCGAUCGAGGAAGUGGAAAACGACAGACACCACCGGUGCGACGAGGAUCACCGGCUGACGGAGCGCGGCGCGGAGCAUCAAGAUGAGAGCGAGAACGUCGAAGGAGAUCGUCAGCAGCCGAGCGACGGCAGCAGCGGCAACGACCUGGAGAACUCGUGAUGCUCUGGCUUUUACCACUUCUUUAGUGGCUGUACAUCGACGUACAUCUAUAUAUAUUGUUUUCUUUGUACCUUUUUGUGUACCGGAGAGUGUCCUUGAGUAAUAAAUUUGUUUGUUGCGCCACUUGGUGGCGCAAGGGCAA